GUAAAUAAAACGCAAUAAACAGUUAUGUUAUUACAAAAAAUUUUACGACCAAAAAUCGUCGAAUUAUUCACUAUGAAGUGAAUAAGUGAAUUAGUUAAAGCAACCCUAAAAACACUUACCAAACAAUAUUUGAUUAGCUAGAAAAAAAAACAAAAACAAUUUAUUACUGCAAGAGAACGAAAGGUGGGAGUUCUCUAAACACAACAACAACGAAUGAACGCAAAUUUUUAACACGAAAGGCGUGAACAUCAACGCUAAAACAUUUAAGUCAAGUGAAUUUACCACGCAUCUACGACUUCGGUCUAAACGCUGCACGCGGAAAAACUAGCUAUACACAGACUAUACUUACCACUGAAAAAUAACCUUUAACCAAAAUUUACCAACGCAACAUCAUCAGAACCUAUGAGAAGCAAAACAUUGACUUAUCCAAAAUAUUCGCAAAGCUGAAAUACGAUAGACAAACGCAACAACACAGAAAAGAUCUCCCUAGUUUGCAAGUCGUGUGUACACGUAUGUAUAUAUGUAUAGUGGAUAAAUGUGUGUAUAUAUGCCGUGCAUUCAAAAAGUAGAAUGCAUGUGCACUGACCGCUAGCUGUUGCGAAUAGCGAAGGAGUGGAAAUAGCCGGAAUGCACUGCAUUGGUGAUAUGUAUAUUGAUUGUAUGUAUAUAUGUUUGCUCGGCUGUUGUGUAGCGGACACCUCGCUAUUUGAGUAGUGGUAUGAGCAAGUGUGGGUGGGUAAUACAAACACACUGGACCAGUUGUGGUCCUGUUGAAAGUUGCUUGGGACCAGUUGGCAUGUAUGUGCGAUGAGAUGUAUAUGCGUGUGUAUGUUAAUAAAUGUAGUAUGAAUUAUAUAUUGAAUAUUAUGCUCAUUUAAAAGUGGUUUUUGGUGCUAUGGACAAGGAAUUUCCGCAUUGUCAUGCUCUGAAAUUCAAAAAAGAGCCAGCUGGGAUGUGUUGCGCGUCAGGAAAAGUGCAACUACCUGAAAUUGAAACACCACCUGAACCAUUGAACGGCUUACUUAUCGGCACGGAUCCAGACUCAAGCGUGUUCCUGAAGUCAAUUCGUAGAUUAAAUUCAUGCUUUCAAAAGACAUCGUUCGGAGCAAAAGAAAUAGUUCGAAAUACUAAUGCAAAUGGUCAACAAUUCAAUUCUACAUUCAAAAUCAGAGGCCAAGUUUAUCAUAAAAUGGGCUCACUGCUGCCAAUGUCAAACGAACCACAUAAAUUCUUACAAAUCUACUUUUUGGGAGGCGAGGAUUCCGGAAGCGCACUUGCCAAACGCGUGAAUGCACGUCGUGAUUAUAAUAACCAUGAUUCAUUUUAUGCCAGAAGCAUUGUCAGCGAGCUAAAUGCUCUUUUGAACGAGCACAACGAGUUGUUGAAAAUAUUCAAAUCACAUAUGCACCAAUUACAAAGCGAUAAUCACGCUAUCGUCAUUAAUCCUAAUAAAACACCAGCUAGAGAGCAUAUUCGUAGAUUUAUUGUACCCGUUGUUGAUGAUGUUGCUGGAAUCAUGGUUGGCGAUUGUACAGCUGCACGAGAAAUUGUGAUUCGUAGAAGAAAUAAUAAUCGUCAGUUCAUUGCUGACACACAUCGUUCCUUUGACGCUCUCCCGUAUCAGGAGCUGAAACAAACAAGAACGUUAGCUCAAAGGAUUAUUAUGCGUACCGAUUAAUGAUUAUAUGUGGCCUGGAUAACGUCAUUUUACGAUGUCGUGAGCUUUGUCAACAAUUCAUGGUCGACAUGUUCGCGAUGAUUGAGAGCGAACGACUACUAUACUUACGAUAUAAUUAACAAAAGCUGUGCGCGGAAGAGUACAUUCAUUUGCGAGACGCUAUCAAAAACAACGCCGACAUCGCCGAAAAUGGUAACCAUGUCAUUUUAUAUACAGGAUGCUCUGAAUAUGGACGACCAUGUUUAUUUAUGACGUUCAAAUGUAAUCCAAAAUGGCAUACUGCCUGGCCAAAAUGCAAUACAUCGCCAUGAUAUCACAGCACGUGUGCUCAGACAAAAGUUGAAGUCUUUAAUAAGUUUCAUUACUAAAUCACAUGUAUUCGGUCCCACACGUUGCUGGAUGUAUUCGGUUGAGUACAAAAGCUAGAGUUACCUCAUGCCCACAUUUUGGUUUGGUUCACCGACAAAAUCUGCCCUGAAGAAAUCGAUAGUAUCAUUUCUGCGGAGAUUCCAGGUCCAUCCACUGACCAACUGCUGUUUGAUAUUGUUACAGCAAACAUGAUUCAUGGUCCAUGUGGUACUCUUAAUAGUUCAUCGCCUUGCCUGGCUGAUGAAAAUGUACUAAAAAUGUCCCUAAAGAUUUUACAAAUCAUACGGUCACAAAUGUCGACAGAUACCCAAUAUA